UCAGAUACAACAACGUGAGGAGAGCACGUAAUCGUGCAGCGGCUGCAUAAAUCAGCCGGUGAGCACUAUAAGUGAAAACGUUUUCGUCUUUUAACUUUUAAGCCUUCACAUAACGAAGAAACUUUGUACUUCCUCAAAUUUGCAAAAAAGUCGCCAAAAAAAAAAAAAAAAUACAAAUUUUUACAAAGAGGUAAAAUUCCCAAUUUCCGACGAGAAGCUUCCGCCCAAUUUCUCACUGGACUCGCGCUCAAAUCUCUCUCUGUAGUCGUCAUUUGGUUGGCUUCUCUCUCGAUCGAUCCUCCUUACUUCUCAACUUUACCUCACUCUCCCGCGUCAAGAAAGACGAGGAAAUUGCUACUGAAUUCGGUGAACUGCUUAGAAGAUUUGCAGUGCGGAGUUGGCGUAGAUAAUGGGGUUGCUUAGUAUCAUUCGAAAAAUCAAAAGGAAAGAGAAGGAAAUGCGUAUACUUAUGGUAGGCCUUGACAACUCUGGGAAAACUACCAUCGUUUUAAAAAUCAAUGGGGAAGAUACCAGCGUUAUCAGCCCUACGCUUGGAUUUAAUAUCAAGACUAUCAUCUAUCACAAGUACACACUUAACAUAUGGGAUGUUGGGGGCCAAAAGACUAUAAGAUCAUAUUGGAGGAACUAUUUUGAGCAGACGGAUGGACUAGUAUGGGUGGUUGACAGUUCUGAUCUUAGAAGAUUGGAUGAUUGCAAGUCGGAACUUGAUAAUCUUUUGAAAGAAGAGAGACUUUCUGGAGCAUCAUUGCUUAUUCUCGCCAAUAAGCAGGACAUAAAAGGAGCCCUUUCUCCAGAGGAAAUUGCUAAGGUAUUGAAUUUGGAAGCCAUGGACAAAACACGGCAUUGGAAAAUUGUUGGUUGUAGUGCAUACACCGGCGAGGGGCUGUUGGAAGGCUUUGAUUGGUUGGUCCAAGACGUUGCUUCCCGAAUUUAUGUGUUAGAUUAAUAUCUUUUCAAUUUUGUAUCUUGCCAUAUGAAAACUGAUCCAAGAUUUUGUCGAAUAUAUGUGGGUUUGUUCAUUUAUGUUGAAUGCUCAUUUUUUUUAAGGGUGUUUUUAAUCGUUAAAAAUAUAUAUGCACUCAUUUCACAUUGUUCCAA